GCGUCAUUUCCUCCUGCUGGCGAAAGCUAAAGCUACGUUGGUGUCAUCGUCUUAUCGGUUUGGGGUUUGACAACAGAAACAACAGUCUUAUUUCGUGUCCAGCCACGAAGACCUGUUUUCAGUGGAGUCUCUGGAGAGAUGAACAACAACGGGAAUAAGAGAGCUCCAACCACAGCCACUCAGCGACUUAAGCAGGAUUACCUCAGGAUAAAGAAAGACCCUGUGCCUUACAUCUGUGCAGAACCUCUCCCCUCCAACAUCCUAGAAUGGCACUAUGUAGUCAGAGGUCCUGAGAAAACUCCAUAUGAAGGGGGAUAUUAUCACGGAAAACUCAUAUUUCCUCGGGAAUUUCCUUUUAAACCACCAAGUAUCUAUAUGAUAACACCAAAUGGAAGAUUUAAGUGUAAUACAAGAUUAUGUUUGUCCAUCACAGACUUCCAUCCAGACACAUGGAACCCUGCGUGGUCCGUCUCCACCAUCCUCACAGGUCUCCUAAGCUUCAUGGUGGAGAAGGGCCCCACCCUUGGCAGCAUUGAGACCUCUGACUACACAAAAAGACAGCUGUCAGCCCAAAGCCUGGCCUUCAACCUCAAGGAUAAAGUGUUCUGUGAGCUGUUUCCUGAUGUAGUCGAUGAAAUGAAGCAGAAACAGAAGGCCCAGGAGGAGUUAAGCGCUCGCACUCAGCCCCUCCCCUUACCCGACGUGGUUCCUGAUGGUGACCCUCAACACGCCCACUACGGCCUCCCCGCCCUCAACGGCGGUCCUGUCCCCCUCGGGGGCGCCAACCCCGCCCCUGGCCUGCAGCAGGCCAAUCGCAACCAUGGACUUCUAGGUGGGGCUUUAGCCAACCUGUUUGUGAUCGUAGGCUUUGCGGCGUUUGCCUACACAGUCAAGUACGUGCUGAGGAGCAUAGCCCAGGAGUGAGAGGAGUCGGUGUGGUAGGGCGGCGCUCCCCCCUGCAGGUGAGCCAGCUAGUGGACUCGACAUUCUACAAACACACUACGUGGGGGAGGGAUGUUCAGUCCUGGGUUAAACCCCUCCACGACCACCACAACCACCACCACCACCACCACCACCAUGGACUUUGGAAGACAGAAACUCAAAGCCAACCCACCCAGGAAGGAUUGAGAGGAGGAGUAGGAGGUGGGGGAGUGGACGGGAGUGGCAGUUGGGCCGGGGGAUUGGAGGGGCUUAUUAAAACGGUUGUGAUCCACUCUGUGCUCUGUGGUUUAUGUCAGCAGUUAGAAACAAACUUGGCUCAUGGGUUGUGGAAGAGUGCAGAACUGAGGACAUGGUUUGGAAGCAGGUCACAACAGACAGAUGCUGAAACGCACCAUUGUUGUCCUGCAAGGUAAACAAUCACAGGUAGGAGCUUAUUCAGUUAAGUAGGUAAUUCUCAGAGCAGGUGCCCACCUGCCUGUCACCUCUACAAGAAGUGUUCCUGCUGCGGUGUUUCCUGAUUAUACAUCAGAUCAUACAGACUCUUCAGGAAGUUGUCGCAUCGGCAAAUGUUUCCAAACUCUAGGGAAAAGGAGUGCCACAAAGACCAGUUGUGUGGCAUUUCCAAACUAAUUUGACCUUGAUUUGCAUUGCAGGCAGUUGUGGCACUGGAGCCAGUUUCCAUCCUUCCCAUGGAGUAGCGUAAAGGUAUCAGAUUUCAGUGACAUGCAAGCGCAGUUCAAGAACCGGUUUCUCUACCCUCAAUUUCAUUACACAACAGCUGUAUAUCUGGAUCAGAUGGAAAUGCAACAGAAAGUAGUUAAGAAUGUGUCAUACGUUCAGUCAUAUAGACACAGAUGAUGAUUUUACACGCAUCACGUAAAGAUCUCUUUGCCACUGUGUAACAAUAUCCCUGUCCUCAACUACCCGUCAAUGACUGACUCGCUGAUAAAUGUUGAGGUUUUAUGUGUGCCAAGAAUACGUCCGCGCACUUUAAGCACAGAUGGAACUUCAACGGAACUGCCUUGUGGUUCAUGUUGACCAACGGGUUUUUAUGAUCUGUGAAAGGUCGGUAGGCUUGUUAGCAGUCAGUGACAGAGAUACAACUGCCAAACUACAUGUAAGCAAAAAACAAAAAAGUCCCAAAACAGUACGCAGCAAUGUGAUACAAGUAGAGAGUCACCCUUGUAAGUGCUUGUGUAUCUUAUCAGUGGGGUCUAUUUCCUGCACCAAAGCUUACAUGUGAUGAGCAAGUAGUGCAGAAAGAAGCCUUCCUACAACAGUAUUGACAAGUGUAUUUAUAUCUGCAUUUCUCUUUAUGUAUAGAUAAAAAGCAUCAAACUCGGCGUGUCAGUCUGUGAAAGAGCCACUGAUCUGUGGUCAGAGUCUGAUGUGAGUCCAGACGUUCUCUCCUGUCAACCCAUGAGCCAAGCAGUGAACCCAGUGUCUGCACAGACGUAAAUAGAGACCAGUACCUUUUUGAAAUUGGCAUAGCUGACCAGUAUAGCACCACUCUAUAUAGGUCCAAGUAAAGAGACACAUGAAGAGAACCAACAUUUUAUUUCUGUGUAUUAUUUUUUUCUUUUUGAUAUAUUUUUUUUCUUUGUGUUUUUGUUCUCUUUAUUUAUAGAAACGGCCUCGGCUUGUCUGCCAAGGAAAUUUUUAGUGUCUGCUAAGCGGAGCAGUGCAGGCAAACACACACACAUACACACACAGACAGGCUAUGGCCCAGGCUCACACAAUUGCUGAUAAUUUACUGUUGUGCAUUGCAUUUAGUAAAGAUGGCUCUACUGUGUAUCUAAUGUUUCAACAGAGAAAUGGUCUGGAAGCAGAAUAUUUGCCUUUCUAUUGCUCUUUUCUUGGCACCAUCUUUAAAAAAAAAAAAAAAAAAGACAAA